AGGGUUUGAAAUACGAUGAAUAUCAAGAGAACAGAUGUUGCAACUAGCACAAAGAGCAGAAACCUGCGUUCAUCCGGUAGAUUCAUUGAUGGAGAAGGUGUACUCAGUCAAGCACUUGCUGCAAAGUUGUCUCCAAGCAUUGUCUGGCUUACCUCAUUCGAUGGUAAGAAGCUUCAUUCAGUAUGCACAGGCAUAGUUGUCCUAAGUAGUCAACAUGGUGCAUCUUACGUGACAUCUGGAGAUUUGAUUACAUCUGGACGUUUUGAUGCAAGUAAACCUUCAUCGUAUCUCUAUAAACUAGAGAUAAAAGUGCAUCUACCAAAUGGGGAAGUGGUGAAUGCAUAUGUGCAAGACUACAUUGUGGCUUGCAACAUGCUUGUUGUAGCCUCGGAGUCCUCCCCUGAUCUCCGCCCGGUAUGUCUUGAUAAACAGAUGCAAGUUGAGUGUUGCACUAAGGUAUUAGCUGCAAGUUAUUGCACACCAGACAAAUUUUUGGUCACAACUGGGGUAGUGACUAACAAUCCGACUCUGGAUGAGAGUUAUGGAAUCAAUUGGUCCUCGUGCGAGAUCACUGAGGUUGGAAGAGGUGGACCUCUUGUUGAUUUUGAUGGGUAUCUUCUUGGGAUGAACCUCCAUACGAUAGGUGGACACACCUCUUUCGUACCAACACAGUCGAUUGUUGAAUGUAUGAUCGAUCUUGGGUUUUGGAUCUAUGUAAAUAAUGUUCCCAGACCAGAUGACUUCAGUUCAGAAGGUACUUCAAGUCUAGUUAUAAGUAGCUCAAGUCAAACUGUCUCAACUGAGGGAAGUGAAAAUAAGAACCAGGAACCUUGUGCAUUUCCAAACCACGGGGCUAAUGGCGUAUGGUGUGACCUCAGUGAAGAACUUGCUUCAAAUUUGUCUCCAAGAAUUAUCUCUGUUGCUUCAUUUCAUGGAGAGGCAUUGUAUUCUGAAUGCACAGGUAUUGUUAUUGACAGAAAACUGUCUUCAGCCUCUUUUCUGACGACGGGAAGUUUAUUCGGAUCACUACACCGAAUAUUGUGGCACUCUUUGACGUUCAUGGUACGCCUUCCCAAUAACGAAAAAGUCAAAGUGUGGUUGCAGUAUUAUUCGGGUCCUUCCAGAUUGGCUGUUUUCAUCACCCAUAACUUGCCGCCCUCCCUUGAUCUUCUUGUAGCAAGUUUUGCCAACGACAUGCAAGUUGAGUGUCUGCUGAGUUAUUAGCUAUAAGGAGGUGCUUUUUCUCAGGCAAAUUAAUGUCCACGAGAGGGUCACUCAUAGGGGGAAUUCAUAGUGAAGGGCGUAAACUUUCCACGUGCAAAAUCAUAGAGGCUGCAAGUGGAGGACCACUUGUUGACUGUGAUGGGAAUAUUGUUGGCAUCAACUACUAUGAUGCGGAACAAAACCCAUUCUUACCAAGUAAUCUUAUUUUAGAAUGUUUGGGGCAUGAUAUAUACUGGGCUGCAAGUAAACUAGACCGUCGCCGGGCAGAUAUGAUUCAAAAUUCUUCCACACCUCGUAGUAACGGUCCAAAUGGUAAGCUAAGCACAAUCACCCUGUUGGAUAACUGUUGGUGUAUCUGUUGGGCUGUCUUCUUGUUCUCUGUUGUGGCCCACUUGGCCCAGCCCAGUCCUGACCUAUAUAAGGUGCUUCUAUCUCUGUAACCCUAAGAAGUGUGAGUUCCUCCCUGCAGCCUCCUUCUACCUCAGGUUAGACCCUCACCUCUGUCAACAUGGUAUCAGAGCAAGGGGCAGUGAGGGCAACGACGGGAAGGACUGCCGAUCUGGAAGCCUAGUCUGAUGUGGCAGCUAGGAGGAAGAGGAAGAGGAAGGGAGCA